AUGUCACAUACUUGUCAACUCGGUCAACUGUUGUCAUCCCCUUUCUACAACAUAGAGGCUAUUUUAUGUUUUCCGUAAAGUUCAAGUAACACAAUUCGAUAUGCCUACCACACCUCAGCAGUUAUCUCCUGUUGAGGAACAGGAAAAGCUUCUUGAUGAAGCUCUGAGUACUGUAAAAGCACAAGCUUUUCAAAUGAAACGAUGUUUGGAUAAGAUCAAGCUUAUGGAAGCACUUAAAUAUGCUAGUGCUAUGCUUGGGGAGUUAAGAACUUCUUUGUUAUCGCCUAAAAGUUAUUAUGAAUUAUAUAUGGCAAUAACAGAUGAAUUAAGACAUUUAGAAGUCUACUUAUUAGAUGAAUUCCAAAAAGGUCGAAAAGUAUCUGAUUUAUACGAAUUGGUACAGUAUGCUGGUAAUAUCGUGCCUAGAUUGUACCUUUUAAUAACAGUGGGAUUAGUUUACAUCAAAUCAAACAAUAAUUUGCGAAGAGAUUUGUUGAAAGAUCUGGUAGAAAUGUGUAGGGGUGUUCAACAUCCUUUAAGGGGAUUAUUUCUUCGUAAUUAUCUUUUGCAAUGUACAAGAAAUGUUUUGCCAGACGUUCCUGAGUUGGAUAAUGAAGAUAUUCCAGAAGGAAAUGUUAAAGAUUCAGUUGAUUUUGUUUUAAUGAAUUUUGCGGAAAUGAAUAAGCUUUGGGUUAGGAUGCAACAUCAAGGACAUUCAAGGGAGAGACAACAUCGCGAGAAAGAAAGGGAGGAAUUGCGGAUUUUGGUUGGGACGAAUUUGGUGCGAUUAAGCCAAUUGGAGUCUGUCACAUUGGAGAAAUAUCAAAAAUUAGUUUUACCUGGAAUUUUGGAACAAGUUGUAAGCUGUAAAGAUGCUAUUGCACAAGAAUAUUUGAUGGAAUGUAUUAUUCAGGUUUUUCCUGAUGAGUUUCAUAUACAAACAUUAAACCCCUUUUUAAAAUCUUGUGCAGAACUUGAACCUGGUGUUAAUGUUAAAAAUAUUGUUAUUAGUUUGAUGGAUAGACUUGCUAAUUAUAGUCAAAGAUCUGAUUCAAUUGGUUUAAAUGCGACGACAGAAACGGUAGGAUUAGUAGGAAAUCAAAGCGUAUUUCCAACAGAGAUUCAACUUUUUGAAGUCUUCUCUGAUCAAGUAGCUUCAAUAAUCUCAAAUCGACAAUAUCUACUUCACGAAGACAUGGUUGCUUUACAAGUCGCCCUUGUUAACUUGGCCUUAAAGUGUUACCCCACCAUAGUAGAAUACAUCGAUAAAGUUAUGUUAACAACAGUUGAAGUUUUUCAUAGACUUGGUCUUGAAAGGCUUGAAUCAAAUUCAAUGGUGGCCAGGGAAUUGUCGAAACUUUUAAAAAUUCCUUUGGAUCAUUACAAUAAUUUAUUAACAGUUUUGAGGUUACAACAUUAUGCUGCUUUGAUGCAACAUUUAGAUUAUAAUGGAAGGAAAACAUUGAGUAUUUACAUUUUAAAUAAUGCGUUGGAAAGUGAAACAAUCAUCCCUACACAAGAAGAAGUUGAACAAGCUUUGAAUUUGGUUUCUACUUUGAUUACUUAUCAACCAGAUCAACCAAAUGGGGAAAUAGAUUUAGAGGAAUUAUCAGAAGAACAAAGUUUAUUAGCCAGAUUUGUUCAUCAAUUUAAAUCUGAUUCACCUGAUCAACAAUAUUUAAUAUUGGUUGCUGCAAGAAAGAUUCUUGGAGCUGGUGAUCCAAAGCGUUUAAAACAUACAUUACCCCCCUUGGUGUUUCAAGCAUACCAAUUGGUUUAUAAAUAUAAAGAAAUAAAAAAAGAGGAUGAUAUGUGGGAGAAAAAAUGUCAAAAGAUUUUCCAAUUUUGUCAUUCGACAAUUACAGCAUUAGUUAAAGCGGAAUUAGCUGAACUUCCACUUAGGUUGUUCCUACAAGGUGCUUUGGCGAUAGAUCAAAUUGCGUUUGAAAAUCAUGAAACGGUAGCAUACGAAUUUUUCACUCAAGCGUUUUCUCUGUACGAAGAUGAAAUUCCGGAUUCAAAAGCACAAUUGGCAGCGAUUACUUUGAUUGUUGGCACGUUAGAACAAAUAAGUUGUUUCUCGGAUGAAAAUGCGGAACCGCUUCGAACGCAAUGUGCGCUGGCUGCUAGUAAGUUGUUGAAAAAACCUGAUCAAUGUAGGGGGGUGGCGACAUGUUCACACUUGUUUUGGAGUGGUAAAAAACAGGGUCCGAAUCGAGAAGAAAUGCAUGACGGUAAACGUGUUGUGGAUUGUCUUAAAAAAGGUAUACGUAUAGCGAGUCAAUGCAUGGAUAAUGGGGUUCAAGUUCAGUUAUUUGUGGAAUUGAUGAACCAUUACGUGUAUUUCUACGAGAAGAAAAAUGAAGAAGUGAGCAUACAAUUACUCAAUCAAGUUAUAUCGAAGAUAAAAGAGGAACUGCCCAACGUUGAAAGUUCAGAAGAAACCGAACAAAUACAAAAGCAUUUUAAUAACACAUUGGAUCAUUUAAGGUCUAGGAUAGAAUGCGCGGAAGCGGAUGGACCUUCGUACGAAGGUUUAGAAAUUUAAGUCCUACUAAUCGAGUAAGUAUUUUUUUUUCUUUUUAAAAGCUGUAGAUAUUUUUAAGUGUAUAUUCUGGAACAUGUAUCUAUGCCGUUUACUCGAAAUCUGUUAUUUAUAUUUAGAUUCGUUAUCGUAUUUUAUAAGCACGAACAAACAACAUCAAAAAGAAAUCAUGGUAAUUUAAUUUUCCUCUUCCUAAAUUUUUGAUUUGUAACAUUGGUAAUUCGUUUCAUUUGAAGGUGUAUAGUUAACUUUAUCAUAUCAUCAAAGUUUGAAAUAUUUAUAUUGAUUAAAAUAGGGCACUCGUACAGUCGUAGAUUUAAAAUUAAUUUCUAUUUUUUUUUUAGAAAACGACAAAUUUAGGUGGGCUUUACAUGAUCAUUUUAGUUACAUUUUCGUCCUUUAUCUAUACUCUUUCUUUGUUAAUUAUAUUGCUUUAUACACCUUUAAGCUAUGUUAUCAAUAAAUGUUAAAAAAGAAAA